UCAUGUCCAUCUCGAAAAGGGAUGUGUCCCGGGAGGUGGAGUCUGUGUUCACGGCCCUCGCGAAAGCGCGCGUCCGCAAGGAUAUGGACCCAGAAGUUCUGAAGUCAUCUCAGUAUUUGGACAGAAAGCUGGAGGCUCACCUGAAGUUGGACUGGUACAACGAGCAAGCGGUCAAGAGCGAGGCCCGUCGCCAGGCCAACCAGCCGCCCGACUGGAUCUGCCUUCUGCUCCAGAGGGACCGUGACGCUCGCCGCGCGUGGCAGCUGCUGAAGGCGGUUCAAACCUCCGGCUGGGGGGGCUCCUCGUCCAAGCCCAAGCCGGCCAAGGGGCAGCUUCAGAACCCCGAAAAGGAAGCGUACGUCGACUCGGCGGCCCUUGCGGAGAGCAAGCUGGAGCUCCAGGAGGAGCGUGCCGCACAGGGGCUGAGCAACGAGCCCACGCCCUCCUUCGAAGUCGAAGAGGUGGACGACUGGGAGACCCUGGACGAUCUUCCCGGGGACGAGCCGACGGAGACGGCCUGAAGUGGCUCGCCCUCUCCGCCGAUUUUGGCGCGGGAUUGGGGCUGUAGAAGGCGUCUGGAGUAAUCAGGCGCAGAGUUAGUACGACGCUUGCUCUUUCUUUUUCUCCGACUGCUUUUUUUC